AUGCAGGCUCCGUCUGGGUAUGGAUUUCAUCCUCAAAACUAUAUUGCUCCCUCAGGACAUUACUCUCAAGGACCUGGGAAAAUGACCUCCUUGCCCUUGGAUAGCCAGUGUGGUAGUUACUACUCUGGUCUCUAUCCAGCACCAACACAAAAUUUGGUAACUUCUAACACAGCGAACCAACAGCCAGGAGCACAGCAGAUAUAUGGCAGGGGCCCUACUGCCCCUCAUGUUGUAGGAUCCGCUCCAGGGUCUUUCCAAGGUGCCGCAUCGCCAGCCUCCCGCCUGCAUACGAGUGCCUCCCAGCCCUACUCCUCGCUCGCCAAUCACUACAGUACUCCCGCCGUGUACUCUGCCAGCUCUUCUGUUGCUUCUCAGGGAUUUCCCGCCACGUGUGGUCACUAUGCUCUGUCGACUGUUUCUAAUCCCUCGUAUCCUAGCGUUUCAUAUCCUUCUCUGCCUGCUGGUGAUCCAUAUGGGCAACAAAUGUUUACCUCACAGAAUGCUGUGACUGUCAGGCCAGUUAGAGAGUCGCUGUUUCCCGGACAGAGUGCAGCCAUCACCCCCUCAUCGCUGCUCCCACCCCCACCUGCAGCAUCACAGCAGUACCAGCAGCAGCAGAGCCUUUCAGGAUAUAACCCUGGCUCGUGGUCAGCUUCAGGCCUGCCUUUGACCCAAGACAGUCUCGUCCGAAACCAUGCUGGCCCCCUGGUUUCAGCCAACAACAACCCGACAAAUACCGGUGCAGAGUCUUUAUCCUGCCCUGUUACACAAAAUGUGCAGCCUCUCAAGUGCAGCUCAGCAGUGCCUGCUGCUUUGUCAGGAUCCUCGGUGACAAGAGCACCUCUGGGUGCAAAUCCCCCAGUGCAGCCUGCGGCCUCGGUUACACAGCCACCAGAGAUGUUGCAGCAGAAAGGUGUUGACAGCUCCUCUACCACAAGCAGUGCGUCCCCUGUGCCCAACAGUUACGACGCCCUGGAGGGAGGCAACUACCCAGAUAUGCUUUCGUCAUCAGCAAGCAGCCCUGCACCCGAUCAUGCUCCUGAACCUGAGCCCGGGCCAGUACCUGCUCCCACGACUUCCCAGCCUGCAAAACUGGUGAAGCCAUUUGGGUAUGGCUAUCCGACGCUGCAGCCUGGCUACCAGAACGCUGCGGCACCACUUCCUUCUGGACCACAGCCCAGCAGCCCAGUGUGUUCUGGGUUCCAGCAGUAUGCGCAAUAUUCUGGUGUGAACCAGCUGUCCUCCAGUCUGGGGGGCCUGAGUCUUCAGAGUUCUCCACAACCAGAAAGUCUGAGACCCGUGAACCUCACUCAGGAAAGGAACGUUUUACCCCCGACUCCUGUUUGGGCGCCUGUACCUAACUUGAAUUUAGACCUCAAAAAGCUAAACUGUAGCCCAGAUUCAUUUCGAUGUACUUUGACGAAUAUUCCACAGACACAGGCUUUACUGAAUAAAGCUAAACUUCCUUUGGGAUUGCUGUUACAUCCCUUCAGAGACCUAACGCAAUUACCGGUGAUAACGUCAAACACCAUCGUGAGGUGCCGGUCUUGUCGGACAUACAUCAAUCCUUUUGUCUCUUUCAUUGAUCAGCGGAGGUGGAAGUGCAAUUUGUGCUACAGAGUUAAUGAUGUUCCUGAAGAAUUUAUGUAUAACCCCCUUACCCGGUCUUAUGGAGAACCUCAUAAACGGCCAGAAGUUCAGAAUUCAACGGUGGAGUUCAUCGCUUCUUCAGAUUACAUGCUUCGUCCUCCUCAACCAGCAGUUUACUUGUUUGUUUUGGACGUGUGUCAUAAUGCAGUGGAAGCUGGAUAUUUGACCAUUUUGUGCCAGUCGUUAUUAGAAAAUUUAGACAAGCUUCCUGGAGAUUCCCGAACAAGAAUAGGAUUCAUGACCUUUGAUAGUACUAUUCAUUUCUACAAUUUACAAGAAGGAUUAUCACAGCCUCAGAUGUUGAUUGUGUCUGAUAUUGAUGAUGUUUUUCUGCCUACACCGGAUAGUUUACUUGUGAAUCUAUAUGAAAGUAAAGAGCUCAUCCGAGACUUACUGAAUGCAUUACCAAGUAUGUUCACCAACACGAGAGAAACACACAGCGCCCUUGGCCCUGCGCUUCAGGCUGCCUUUAAGCUGAUGUCCCCAACGGGCGGCCGUGUGUCUGUGUUUCAGACACAGUUGCCUUCCUUGGGUGCAGGGCUUCUGCAUUCUAGAGAAGACCCCAAUCAGCGGUCAAGUACAAAGGUUGUACAACAUCUUGGCCCAGCGACUGAUUUUUAUAAGAAACUCGCUUUAGAUUGCUCGGGGCAGCAGACGGCAGUGGAUCUGUUCCUGUUAAGUUCCCAGUAUUCCGAUCUUGCUUCUCUAGCCUGUAUGUCCAAGUAUUCUGCAGGGUGCAUCUAUUAUUAUCCAUCUUUCCACUUCACUCACAAUCCUUCACAAGCAGAAAAGUUACAAAAAGACCUAAAGCGUUAUCUUACAAGAAAAAUUGGAUUUGAGGCUGUUAUGAGAAUACGGUGUACCAAAGGUCUCUCAAUGCACACUUUUCAUGGAAACUUCUUUGUCCGUUCCACUGACUUGUUGUCCCUGGCCAACAUCAAUCCUGAUGCUGGAUUUGCCGUACAGCUGUCAAUUGAAGAAAGUCUGACAGACACUUCCUUAGUGUGCUUUCAGACAGCCCUGUUGUACACAUCAAGCAAAGGUGAGCGGAGAAUCAGAGUGCACACGCUCUGCUUGCCAGUGGUAAGUUCACUGGCUGACGUCUAUGCGGGAGUGGACGUACAAGCUGCCCUCUGCCUUCUGGCGAACAUGGCUGUGGAUCGGUCUAUUUCCUCGAGUCUGUCGGACGCCAGAGAUGCCCUAGUGAACGCAGUGGUGGACUCGCUGUCUGCCUACCGCUCAGCGGUCUCCCACAUGCAGCACUCGGCCCUCGUGGCGCCCAGUUCCCUCAAGCUGUUUCCACUCUAUAUCUUGGCCCUUCUCAAACAGAAAGCAUUUAGAACUGGCAUAAGCACGCGUCUGGAUGAUCGUGUGUAUGCCAUGUGUCAGAUCAAGUGCCAGCCCCUUAUUCAUCUCAUGAAAAUGAUUCACCCCAACUUAUACAGGAUAGACCGAUUGACCGAUGAGGGCGCAAUACAUGUUAACGACAGGGUUGUGCCCCAACCACCGCUCCAAAAACUGUCUGCAGAGAAGCUGACGAGAGAAGGCGCCUUCCUUAUGGACUGUGGCUCUGUUUUCUACAUUUGGGUUGGAAAAGGCUGUGACAAUAACUUCAUAGAAGAUGUCCUUGGGUUUCCUAAUUUUGCAUCAAUACCACAGAAAAUGACACAUCUGCCAGAGCUAGAUACACUUUCAUCAGAAAGAGCCAGGUCCUUUAUAGCUUGGCUUAGAGAAAACAGACCACUAAGCUCGAUUCUUCAUGUGGUAAAAGAUGAGAGUCCUGCCAAAACGGAGUUUUUCCAACAUUUGAUUGAAGACCGGACAGAAGCUGCAUUUUCUUAUCACGAAUUUUUGCUCCACGUUCAGCAGCAGAUUUGUAAGUGAAGUGGAAUAACAUUGAACACAAGCGUAAAGGGCGUGACCUAGGUAAAGCGUGAUCUGUCAGAGAAGCACAUAGUCCAUUUGAAAUGAAGGCUUUGGUUGUUAUGAGGGACGUGAAUGUCAUAGCACCCUGCCUGUGGCUUUGGCGAAGGGUAAAGCCGAGGAGGGGACUCGAUGGAGCCUUCAGCCUAAGGAGUGGUUAUAACGUUAUGGUGCUCUGUCAGCGAGCACGUUCGCACUGGCUUCCACACGCUUCCAGUCGUCCAGCUGGUCAGUGCUGCCCAUUGUCAGCAGCAGACAGAGGUAGCUGUGUGGAAUGAGAUGUCAUAAUGUAAAGUUAGGUAAAUUCUUUUCCCUUACAAUAUCCCAUUUCUGGACUCAAGCUCCGAGAAGAGAUGCCAACAGGCAGUGGUACCGUGUUAUUUGUUUAUAUGAAUUACUUUUUAACAAGGAAUGAUUCAUAUUCAUUAAAUGAAUUAAAUAUUUUCCCUGUACAACAGUAGAGUUUCAGUACUCGAACUAUAGAGAAUAUAUAUAAUGUACAUAAAUGUUACAUUUGUAAAGAAAAUGUAAAAAUGUAACUACAGAAGAUGGAUUGCUUACUGUGCUGCAUCGUUGGGUGACAACUCUUUUUUUGUCGCAGUUAGAGAAUGAGGUUGACUAAUGCGUAUUAUGAAUUGAGUCCACAAAAGAAACACAAAACUCUUUGUAAUUCUGUUAAAUCUUUUAUGUGGAUUUAUUUAUGAUCAGCCUACUAAUUAAAAAUAUUUUGCU